AAUUGUUUGCUUAUACCAACAUUUGUCAUGAACCCAUAUCGUAUCGUCAUCCACCAACGCCUAACCCCCAAGCCAUGUUUUACAUGAGAUAUAGUAAUGUCCUUCAACUUCAACAACACAAACUCUUCAAGGAGGACAAAUAAGAAGAAGAAGAAGAAGAAAAUUCUUAAACAUAUGAUAAAAGUCUUUCAUGUUGUAGGGGUUUUAAAAGUUUGUUCCUUUGAUUGAUGAUGUUGGUGCUUAUGGGUUGAAUUUUAUGCCUUCACAUGAAUUGUUGAUCAUCAUUUGAAUCACACGUUGAGGUAGGUAUUUUCAUCAUAGGAAUAUAAGAGGAUGCUACAUUUGGACAUUCCAUGCUUUGCUUGCAUGAUUUUAAGGGAUAAAUACAAUGAUGUGCUUCACAUUAUUUUUCAAUCUAGAUUAUGUAAAUAAUACUUACGAACCAGUGGUUUUCUCCCUUACUAUUGGAUUGUUUGUUUGAGUUUAUAAGCAAAUUGGACAUCCUUGGGACUUUGUUGAAUUAAUAUUCUUUAUUGGUGUCUCUAAAGAUUAAUUUAUGGUUCAAUUUCAAAUAAGAUCAUUAACUGCUCAUGUUAAUGGUUUUGGAGGAAAUGGAUAUUCAUCAAUUGUAUGUAAUGUCACUAGUGAUGCAACUAAAGCUUAUGAGUCGCAAGUCGGAAAAGAAUUAAUAUCACCUUUGAAUGGGAUGGUGCUUGCGAAUCAUUUUAAAGGUGAUCCACUAGAAAUUGGUGGUGGUAUUUAUCAAAGCUGUUCAAAAGAUGGGGAUGAUAAUUCUAAUGCUUCUCAUGAGUAUAAAAAAGUUCAUACUGUAAACAACAAUCCUAUUCACUCUAUGAUCUGGUCUACAUCUUGUUAUCAAGAAUUUUUAAAUUCAUUUAGUAAUGACUCUACUAUAAACCAUAACGUACCUAGUCAUCGUCAUUCACAUUGUGAACAUAAAGAAAUAACUAAAACAAGGUCACAACCAACUACAUUGUCCAUACCACCACUAAAGGUGUCAUCAUCACCCUCACCUUUGUCUCCUCUAGGUAAAAUAUCUUCUAAAAAUGAAAAUUUGGGAGAAUGUAUAAAUAUUGAUAAUAUCUUGGAUGAUGGAAAUUUGUCUUUUAAUAAUGUGGGACAAUCACUUGAUAGAACUUUUAAAGGCAUUUUAUCUACACAAGAGAUAACAAGUAAAACACAACUCAAUUCCAACAAUAUGCAACAAAAAUCUGGCUUAUUUACAGCCGAUAAUAUGAUUGAUAUGAAAGAGCAUUUGACUCAUCGCGCAAGCUUUCAUCAUCAUGAUGCCAAGUUAUAUGGAACUAUGAGUAGAGUACCAAUUAGAAGGUCCCUAGUUGGUUCAUACGAGGAAUCUUUGCUAUCCGGUCGCCUACUAUCUGGGAAAGUUAGUCAGAAAAUUGAAGGAUUUCUUGCCAUGUUGAAUGUAACUGGUGGAAAUUUCUCACCUCAAUCACAAAAAAUACCAUUUGUAGUAACUAGUGUGGAUGGAUACAAGUACUUACUUUAUUAUUCAUCAAUUAGUCUUUCAGGAAGUCUAUUAUCAAGCAAGUCUAGAGUUGCUAAAUUACAGAGAACCCUUAAUGUGGAAGAAUCGCGAUUUAAAAAGACCACCCGUAUACGUAUACCUAUGAAAGGGAACAUUCAACUGGUUCUCAACAAUCCAGAGAGGACACCUAUUCAUACCUUUAUUUGCAAUUACGAUUUGAGUGACAUGCCUGCUGGUACCAAGACAUUCUUGCGACAAAAGGUCACUUUAACUACGUCUAAAACAAUGUCUAUGAUGGGAAAGGAAAGCCAAACAAACUUUGGCAACAGAGCUGAUAUCAAGUCUUCAUUAAUCUCACUCUCUAGUCAGAUAAAUAAAGAUUUUCUCAACUCAAAAUGUGAAAAACUUGAUAGUUUUACACGUUCAAAGGCAGGCUUUUUGCUUUAUGUUCUCCACCUUCGUUUUUUAUGCCCUUUGCCUAAAAAACGUUCAAGGUCCGUUCAUAAGUGUGAAUCUAGUUCUAUCUCUGCAAAAGUGAGAAACAUUACGGACAUUGAACAUGAAAGAAGCUUCUACUUGUAUGAUGAUAUGAGGGUAGUGUUUCCUCAACGUCAUUCAGAUUCCGAUGAAGGCAAGUUACAUGUGGAAUAUCAUUUCCCUUCAAAUCCAAAAUAUUUUGACAUCAGCUAUUGAAAUGUUGUUGUCUCUCUCGAUGGUUUAUGUAUGUAUAAUUGUAAAUGUUGUACUUAUACAAUUCAUUUAUUUCAAUUCCAGGACCAUUUGCCUCCAUGUAACAAAUUAUUUGUAAA